GUUUUUGUAAGCUGUUCGAGCUCUCACUCUUGAAGGCGCCCAUUCAUGGCAGAGGAUCCACUGGAGACUGUGAUUGAACCAGACGACCUGUCAGCAGACAACAGUUGGGAUCUAGAGGAAGAUGAUGAGGUGUAUUAUGCAGAUGAUUUUGAGUCAACUUCAGGAAAGCAAAAGAACCCCAGAACCUGCCCUGAACAACAUGGUCAACUCAUUUUGAAUGUUACAAAUCCAGCUACAGAACCAUCUACAUCUCUAUCUACUUUUGGGUCCUACUAUGCUCUUCCACCCACAUGGCACUACCAAAUGAAUGAUCCUGCUGAGGCUGUGCUACAAAUGGAAGAAUGUUAUGAUGUAAACGCCAACAUGGAUUCUGUUGCUUAUUCAGAAGAUGAGAACUCUGGGCUGGGCUCUAUGUCUGCAGCAGGUGUCUUUAUGGCCAGUGAGGAUUCCAAAGGAUAUCUGGACAUGUACCAGGGGGAGGACAUGGCCCAGUGUUCAGAAGAGCUUGUGAUCACUAAAGUUGAGGACACUAAUGAAAUGGCACUGGACCAGAAUGAGGAUUACAAUGGGAUGACUGAAGUGGAUGAACCAGAAGAUUCAGAAACAGAGAGAGCCAAAGACAUAAAAAGCAGGACUAUGGAAUCGUCUGCUGUAAUGGCUGUUGACAAAAGAGUUAAAGCAGCCCAGCCCUCUGUCAUAAUGCCUUUGAAGAUCAAGGUUGAACCGGUGGAUGAGGAGUGCAAGAAAGCACCACAUUCCCCGAUGGGAAACAGUAAGGAUGAUGAGGUGCUUACUCAGGAAGUUACUGAACUAUACUGUAAUUUAAAUUAACCAAAUGAAUUAACAAU